AUGGCUAAGAAAACCGCUUUUCGCUGCAGAGAAUGCUGGUACCGUCAUGAAAACAAAUCUUUCACCAGCUUUGCCCAUAUGAAAUCGCAUUUGGGCUCUGUACACAAAAUGGGUUGGUUCUGUUGUUCCGUCAGGAACUGCGACUACAGAGCCCUCAGGCGGGAUGCCGUCACAAAACACGUCACCGCCGAAAAGAAGUCCCAACCUGGUGGUAGACACGCUAAGGCAGAAGCACGGGUCAAUCAACGUUUGGAGCGAGCUAUCGAUGCUGAGACAAAUUUGUGUCGCUGGCCUCACACAACACCCUGGACGCCCCCUGCUGGAGCUGCUGGCCCUGUGUUGAACCCAACUCCUGCUGUUGCCGCUGCUGGUGCUGCUUUUGUUGUCGCUCCUAUCAUCCCGCCAGUGCCAGCCCCUGCCGCGGGUUCUUCGCAAACUGUUUCCGCUUCGGCAGCACCUCCUGUUUCUGCUCCUUCGCAAGCUGAUGUGUCUCCAACUGGCGGGGUGACAACUGACAACGACUUGAUCACCAGCAACGACAUAGAUGAAGAGAUGGAAGACGAGCUCCCUGGAUCGAACCAUACCUCGUUGCCGUCUUCGCCCUCGCCUGCAUCUCCUUCACCAACUCUCCAGCAACCUUCGAUGCUCGCCUUGCCUUCUCCCUUGAGAUUCCCCCCGCCCCGUCUUCCUCUCUCCAAGCUCGCCACCAGAGCUAUCGUUAUCGGCCGCUACUACCUGGAUCGCUUCGAAGACCGCCCAGCCUCGUUCUCGACAAGCUGUAAUAUCAAGCUGAUAAGUGAUGCCAUCGAAGGGUUGGAAGACGGACGAGAGAUCUUCGACAACAGCCCCAGUCAGUUCGCGUAUAACACCUUUGCAAUAGGAAUCGAAGUAGAUGUGGGGGACAUGGUGGAAGCAAUCAGAUGGUACGAGGACCUCUUUGGCCAUCACAUGGGUGCAUUGAGAGAGGAUGUUGCCAAGUUGAAGGAGAUGGCUGCGGGUGUUGAGGAGAAUCGGGAGGCUCGGAAGGCUUGUGGUGUGGGAGUGCAUGGUGGCGAAGUUCAAGACGAAGACGAUCAGAAUGACCAGCACAGUCAGGACGAGGAUCAGAGUGAGGAUCAAUAUGUAGGCUGGAGUGAGGACAAGGAUGGAGAUCAGAGUGGAGGCCAAGAUGUUCAGAACGGUCAGGACGGUCAGGACGAACUGGAUGAGCCUUUGCAAUCUCCUCUGAGUCCCCUGGAUGAGCCUAUGCAAUCUCCCCCGAGUCCCUUCAAGGACCUCACUGAAGAACAGGCUGACGAACUCUAUGAGUGA